AUGACGGGUGUUCUUUGUCGUGUGGCCGAGAAAAAAUCCUCAUCAUGGAUGCCGCUGCUUCUCUGCAUUUGCGUCGCAAAUAUGGCUCUCGGGCAGGUCCGUUAUUCCAUACCUGAGGAGAUGUCGACAGGCUCGGUUGUGGGGAAUAUUAUUCAGGACCUGGGCUUGGAUGUUAAGCGGCUGAAAUCUGGGCGGGCUAGGAUAUUUACCGAGGACGGCAGUGAGUACAUAGGUCUGAAUGCAGAGAAAGGAACUUUAGUCGUGGCUAAAAGGAUAGACAGAGAAGAAUUGUGCAAGCAGAUAUCUCCCUGCUCUCUUCAUUUCCAAAUUAUCCUCGAAAACCCAAUGGAGCUGCAUCGAAUUGAUGUAGAGAUUACAGACAUUAAUGAUAAUGCUCCGUAUUUUUCCAAAAAGGAAUAUAGUUUCCAGGUUAGUGAAUCUGCCUCACCGGGUGCUCGCUAUUCGCUUGAGAGUGCCAGAGACCCCGAUGUGGCACAAAACACCAUUCAAACGUACAAGCUCAACCCUACCGAUAAUUUUAAAUUAAAUGUCGUUUCUCGACCUGAUGGGACCAAAUACAUUGAAAUGGUUCUUCACACGUCACUUGACAGAGAAAAACAAGAAGAGCAUAAAUUAACUCUGACUGCAUUUGACGGUGGUAAUCCUCAGAAAUCGGGUUCUGUCAAAAUAAAUGUCGUGGUUUUGGAUGCAAAUGACAAUGCACCAGUGUUCAGUCAGUCUGCUUACAGGGUGACAGUUCCUGAAAACGCGUCUCGAGGCACCGUUAUUUUAACAGUCAGUGCCACUGAUAAUGAUAAAGGAGCAAAUGAAGAGGUCGUGUAUUCCUUCUCCCAGCACACCGAUGCAUCAUCCCUCUUUAAUAUGGAUCCUCAUACAGGGGAGAUGACCGUAAUUGGUGUGUUAGAUUUCGAAAAAGCUAAGCAUUAUGAAAUUGACAUUGAAGCCACAGAUAAAGGAGGUUUGGGAGACACAAGUAAAGUCCUAAUUGAGGUGACCGACCUAAAUGACAACGCCCCUGUGAUAAGCAUUAUUUCCCUGUCCAAUCCCAUACCAGAGGAUGCGGCUCCAGAUACCAUUAUAGCAAUGCUCAACAUCAAAGACUUGGACUCAGGUAAAAAUGGCCAAGUUAAAUGUUUUAUUAGCCCAGAUUUACCCUUCACAAUCAAGUCAUCAUCGACUAAUUUUUAUAGCCUGAUGUCUGACGAUGUUUUAGACCGUGAAACAGUUCCGGAAUAUAAUAUAACAAUAACAGCAAUGGACGAGGGGUCCCCUCCUUUUUCUAUAAACAAGACUAUUCAUCUCAGGAUAUCGGACGUAAACGACCAUGCCCCAGUGUUCCCACAGCCAUUUCUGACCGCUUUCAUCACUGAAAAUAAUUCACCUGGCAUGUCGCUCCUCUCUGUCAAAGCCACUGACCAAGACUCUGGGAACAAUGCGCGCAUUUCCUAUUUCCUUGAAGAUAGCCAACUAAAUGGGAUGUCAGCCUCCGCUCAUUUUUCAGUGAAUGCAGAGAGUGGAGAGAUACUUGCGGUGCGUUCCUUCGACUAUGAGCAAACCAAAGAGUUCCAUAUACGCGUCAAGGCGCAGGAUGGAGGCUCCCCUCCACUCAGCAGCAACGUGACGGUUAUAAUAAAGAUCCAGGACCAGAACGACAACCCCCCUCAGGUCCUGUACCCAGUCCAGACUGGUGGCUCUGUGGUGGCUGAGAUGGUGCCUCGUUCAGCAGAUGUGGGCUAUCUGGUGACUAAAGUGGUGGCUGUUGAUGUGGACUCUGGACAGAAUGCGUGGCUGUCGUAUAAACUGCAGAAAGCCACAGACAGGGCGCUGUUUGAAGUGGGCUCACAGAAUGGAGAAAUAAGAACUAUCCGCCAAGUGACUGAUAAAGAUGCAGUGAAACAAAGACUGAGUGUUAUAGUGGAGGACAACGGGCAGCCCUCUCGUUCAGCUACAGUCAUUGUGAACGUGGCGGUGGCGGACAGCUUCCCUGAAGUGCUGUCGGAGUUCACUGACUUUCCACACGACAAGGAGUACAAUGACAACCUGACUUUUUACUUAGUGUUGGCUUUGGCUGUCGUUUCCUUCCUGUUCAUCACGUGUUUGGUGGUGAUUAUAUCAGUGAAAAUCUACAGAUGGAGACGCGAGCGCCUGCUUUACAAAUCCAGUGGGAAUCUUCCGGUUAUUCCUUAUUACCCUCCCCUUUACGCAGACGUAGGAGGCACCGGUACGUUGAAGCAGGCGUUCAGUUAUGAGGUGUACGGAACUACUGACUCCAGGAAGAGUGACAUGAAGUGCUCCCGACCCUUCAGUCAGAGCACUCUGAGUGUUGACCAUAGUGCCACCAGGACGGUGCCACGACAUAAGACAGAGUCAGAGAAUAUGCUCACAGAGGUGAGAUCAGCCUCUUCCUUGCUUCUCUGA